GAACACAGUGAUGUUUCUUUGAUAUUUCUGUCGGUCUAGACUCGUGAAGAUGCGAGAGUCGGAGAACGCCGCUACUGUAACCACGGCAACGCUUCCACUCGGCCAUCGUGACGUCACUGAGCCACACGACGACACCUGCGCGAACACACACACACACACACACACACAGAGCGGGGCUGUGGUCAGUCUGAUCGUUGCUUCUCGCCAUAGGUGAUGUCUGCGAAUAAAAAAAAUGAAACCUGAUACAGAGAUGCGCGCUCGGAGCUCCGCCCCUGAAUAACAUCGUCAUCAUCAUCAUCAUCAUCAGAGUCGGAGAGGAAUAACUGGAGGGCACGAGAGAGGACGCACGCGGACUGUCUGCUGCACGCGCCACGUUUAUCCGUCACCUGUGAAUACGCAGCUGAGAGCAAGAACAAGUCAGCGAUCGCAGAUGCUCACGGAGUCACACGCACAGACCCUGCCCUCUCUCUCUCUCUCUCUCUCUCUCUCUCAGGCUAAUAUGAGGAAGCCUCUGGUGUGCUGAAGGACAUCUGGAUUUACUGUACAAGUAGCAUUCUCGGCAUGUGCUAAGCUCGACUGUAGCAUAAAGGGAGAGAGCGUUGAAGCAGAGAAACGACCAUGGCCUCUGACAUCCAGCGCCAUCUGAUUGUCUGCGUCCACAAGCACUCCUGGAAGAAACUCAGGCCUGCACGGGUGUUUGGCCUUCUCAUUAGUCUCAUAGCAAUAAGUGCAGUGGCCUUCUCAUGGAGCUCUACUGCUCAGUGGGAGGGGCUACAGAGCCACGCCCCACACAGGACACUGCUCUCCACACACCUGAGUUACCACACUAAUCUCUCGGAGGACACACCCAUAGCGAUGCGCUCAUCCGCGGUGUCAAACGAGAGUCAGGGUGACUAUCCGACGGACCUGUUUAGCCUGGAGGACCGUCGGCACGGUGCUGUCAUCUUACACAUGUUUGGCAUGAUCUACAUGUUCAUUGCUCUCGCCAUCGUCUGCGAUGAGUUUUUUGUCCCCGCGCUCACAGUCAUCACAGAGAAACUCAAGAUCUCCGAUGACGUGGCAGGAGCCACCUUUAUGGCAGCAGGAGGCUCGGCUCCUGAGCUCUUCACCUCUGUCAUCGGCGUAUUUAUUUCCCACAGUAACGUGGGCAUCGGGACCAUCGUCGGCUCUGCUGUAUUCAACAUCUUGUUCGUCAUCGGAAUGUGUGCCGUCUUCUCCAGAGAGAUCCUGAACCUGACGUGGUGGCCUCUGUUUCGGGACGUGUUCUUCUACAUCGUCGGCCUCAUCAUGCUCAUCGUUUUCUUCUUGGAUAACUACAUCAUGUACUGGGAGAGUAUCAGUCUGCUGCUGACCUAUGCCACAUAUGUGCUCUUCAUGAAGUUUAAUGGGAAUGUAGAGACUUUUGUCAAGGGUAUCAUUCACAGAAACCAGGUGGUGGAAGUGGAGGCCCCGCCAAAGUUGACUGUGAAGUUGAGCCCUACUGCAGUGGAGGAUGACAGCAAGCUGUCUGCCAAGCCCCGGCUGCAGAGAGGAGGAAGCUCCGCCUCUUUACACAACAGUCUAAUGAGGAACAGCAUCUUUCAUCUGAUGAUCCACACACUCGACCCUCUCAGUGAAGAAUUCGCUGACUCUGAGCUGGGGACUUAUGGCAAGCUAAAAUAUUAUCACUCAAUGACCGAGGAAGGAAAAUUUCGCGAGAAGGCAUCCGUCCUUCAAAAUAUUGCCAAAAAGAAGUGCCAAGUGGAGGACUCGAAUGGAGUUGCUGAUAAAAAUCUGCCAAACAGCUCAAGUGUGGAGGUGGGCAUUACUCCACCGAUGAACGGCACCGCUGGACAGGACGGAGAUACGGGUGAAGAGGAUGAUGAGGAAGAUCAGCCUCUGAGCCUGUCUUGGCCUGAGACGAAACGCAAGCGCUUCACGUAUCUCUUGAUCCUGCCCAUAGUCUUGCCUCUGUGGAUCACACUGCCGGACGUCCGGAAGGCCAGUUCCAAGAAGUUUUUUCCCAUUACGUUCCUGGGAGCGAUUUGCUGGAUCGCGGGAUACUCCUACCUGAUGGUGUGGUGGGCUCAUCAGGUUGGAGAGACUAUAGGCAUCACAGAGGAGAUCAUGGGACUGACGAUCCUAGCGGCAGGGACCUCUAUCCCUGAUCUGAUCACCAGUGUCAUUGUGGCCCGAAGGGGUCUGGGAGACAUGGCAGUGUCCAGCUCUGUGGGAUCCAACAUAUUCGACAUCACUGUGGGGUUACCGCUCCCAUGGCUGCUGUACUCCAUUAUAAACGGUAUGAGCCCGGUUCAGGUGAGUAGCAACGGUCUGUUUUGUGCCAUCGUGCUGCUCUUCAUCAUGCUCCUCUUCGUCAUCAUCUCCAUCGCCGCCUGUAAGUGGAAGAUGAGCAAACUGCUGGGCUUCAUCAUGUUCCUGCUCUACAUGGUCUUCCUGGUGGUCAGCGUCCUGCUGGAGGACAAGGUCAUCGUCUGCCCCAUCUCUGUCUGAUGACCCUUCCUGCUGACUUUAACUUACCUCCGUAGGCAUUUUUUCCCAGCCUCCUUCACACUUCAUCUAAAACCCUGUGUUCAUGGGGUUUUACACACUUUAAUAUUAAUAUUUGUCUUGCUUUCCUGGAAAAUAUCUAAACAUCCUAAACAAAUAUCUAAACAAAGAGCAUCGCUGAACUGUACUUAAGAAGCAAAACUCUUUUUCAGAGAAAAUUUCUUGACUUAUGUUUUAUUUAUUUAUUUUUGUCUAAUUUUAAGCUCAAACUUCAUUAGAUAUACAAUUAAACUUUUCUUAAAAAAUGAUUUGGCUGCAAUUAAUUAUAUAUAAAUAUGUAUUCUAAAAAAAUAUUGCUUAGUGUCUUUGUUUUGUUUUCCAUUGCAAAUAUCUGAGCACUCUUAAAUUUAUUGAGAGUGGAAAUUUCUGAAGAAAAUUAAGUCUUGUUUUCUUGAAUGGGUGAAUUUCAUUUUGAAUGCCAGUGUUAUUUUAGUAUCAUUGACAAAUUAUUAUAGUUUUUUUCAUAUUUUGAAUCAGUAUUUUACCUACAGUUUGAGUAUUUGUUUAUUCAUCUUUAUUUUAGUUUUAGUUGUUUUAGUCCAUCAAGUUAAACUAAAUUAAAAUAAAAAAGUUGCCUUGACAACAAGCCACAAUGAAAGGCUUGUAUACUUGUGGCCCUGGAGCACAAAAGCAGUCUUAAGCAAUAGCCCAAAAAAUAUGUUAUGGGUCAAAAUUAUCGUUAGGAUAUUAAGAAAAGAUCAUGUUCCAUAGAGACAUUUUGUAACUUUCCUACCAUAAAUAUUUCAAAAUGUAAUUUUUGAUUAGUAAUAUAUUUAUAUGGACAAAUUCAAAGGUGAUUUUUUUGCUCCCUCAGAUUCCAGAUUUUCAAAUAGUUGCAUCUCUGCCAGAUAUUGUCCGAUCCUAAUGAACCAUGCAUCAACGGAAAGCUAUUUAUUCAGCUUUCAGAUGUAUAAAUCACAGUUUAGAAAAAUGUACACUUAAGACUGGUUUUGUGGUCCAGGCUCACAUUUUAUUUAACCUUUAUUAUGUCAAGGAACAGAAAUGUGUUAUGGUUUUAGUUUUUGUUUCAGUUUCAGUAAGCUAUACUAACCCUGGUUCAUGCUUAAAGCAAUAAGUGUGGAAAGAAAAAUAAUCUUGUUUUCCCUUUGAUUUAUUAUUAAUUAAUUUAUUUUUAUUUGGCUACUGAUUCCAUGUUAUUAUUU